AUGAAGAUUAAGAAGAAAGAGUUGCGCAAAGGGCUGGCUCAGCUUCCUAUCAACUACCCAGACCCCGAAAUUCUGCCCGAUGCUUUACCAGGUGGCAGAAUCGACAUGGAAGCUGAAAUGGUUCAGGUUGAAUUGCUCUGUAAACGGUUAGCGCAUAACGAGGUGGCGGUUCGUGAUGCGGCACUCGCGGAGGUGCCAAGGUACCUCACUCGCUUGACUGUAGGAAUGGAGCAGAUGGAGGAGUCGUAUGAGGAGGAGAUCUUGCAAGUCCGCACCUACUUUACCGAACACCCCAAAGCCGUUAACCCCUAUCACUAUGAUAACGUACCUCGGGCACUGGAUGAAUUUCGUGAAAAAUUUCAGCAACGUGAGCGAAAAGAGCGCCGGCGCAUGGCGUUAGAAUCUUUGCACUUGCAGCGUAAACGGGAGCAAUUAGAGAGAGAAUCGUGGGGGCGAUUUGACGUGGACGUCGUUCCCUCGUCUUCUACUGAGGUUACCGAGCGUGAAGAGGGGAAAGCAAGGGUGACAACUAGCGAUAAGUACGGUUUGGCUUCUAGCGCUAAUGGUGCGUUGAGCACUGCGCAGGAGCAUAGGGAAAGGUACCAGACGUGGGUGUUGACGUGGUCUGAUCUGGAGUUGGUCCUCCUGAAGCUCAGUCGUGGGAUCUUUUUCUGUUUAUGGCAUUCGGACAAGCCGUUGGUGCAGUUGGAAUGUGCUCAGCGUAUAGCGAAUUUGUUGCACGCUCCUCGCACGAUCCGCUGCAAGAACCUGUUUUAUGGAGCUAUUUUUCGUGUUCUGUCGAGGGAGUGGCCAACAAUCGAUCGGUAUCGUAUGGAUAAGUACUUGGCUCUGGUGCGUAAGCUUAUUUUCGAAUGGAUCAGUCUAAUCAAGAAUUUAGAGGAAACCGAGGAGGCUGUUGGUGGUCAGGAUGAAACCCUGUAUCUUCCUAGAAAAGGAAAGACUGUCUCAGCAGGGGUAGCCAUGGAAAACUUGAAAUCAAAAGCUGCUGUCUCAAAGUCUAUCAAACGGGCUCGACAUGUCGCAGAGGAUAUGAACCCUUCAGAAGGGCAUGAUAAAUCUGAAGAGACUGCUGAUAUAACCGCUUCUCCGACCGCCAUUGGGAUUCCACGACGGUACAUUAAACUCUAUUACUCGAAUCGUCAGGUACUUAUGCAAACCUUACUGGAGUUUUUUUACAUUUUCCAAGAGCAAAUCUUUCCAAAGAGAACGAGUACGGGCUUGACGAUGCAUAUUUGCGAUGUAGCCUUUGACGAAUUGUCGAGAGCCUGUAUAUCGCGAAAUCUGUUUCUGACGUUGUCGGCUGGCAUUCCUCUAUACGCAAUGAGCCAGGGGAAUUAUAUCGAGAAGCGUGUUUUGGAUAAUUUUUUCCCACCCUUGGCAGGCGGUGUGUACACAAAACAAAGGGAAAAACAGUUGUUCGAGCGGAAAUUGCAUCUUGUCAGGGGUAGCCGCAAAUCUGCUGCUAAAAAGGCAAAUACGAAGAAGAACACGAGGGAACAAGAAAGUAGAAAUGAGGAGGAAUGGCAUAAGGAAGCUAGGAAAGCUGCAGAAGGCGAUACAAAGACUAUUUUACUAGAGAUAGCAAAGUGUUGCCAGCUGUACGCAGUCGCCAGAGGAACGGUUUACGCAGUUCGAGUGAUGUUUUCUGAAGCAGAGCUAGUACUUCAGCAAGCCGCUGAUCCUGAUGCACACCAGAGCCUUACUCCCAUUGCCCAGCGUCGCCGCUUAGAAAAGGAGAUUGAUGAAAUGAAUGAAACCCGAAAAAUCGUCAAGUCUGAGCGCGCAACACUUCUCCAACAAAAGCGUAAAGACAAGAAGCAAGCGCUUUUCACAAAGGUUAAGCUGCAAAGGAAGGCCACGCGGGAAGUCCAUAACGGUGACGAUUGCAGUCCUGAAAAAGGCAUCUUGGAGGAAGGGUUAAGGAAAAAAAAGAAGAUGCCCCGUAAUACAAAGCGGAAAAAGAAUUACCAGCUGACAAAAAAGGAUCUCUACAGUGAUCACGAUGACGACGAUACACACGAGAAAUUAUAA